AUGCCUCCCACCGGACCUUGGAGAACCAAAGACGGCAAAAUCCCCGGCAUGGAACGGCGGAUUCCUAACCCCACCAGCCAUAUCCGAUUUUAUCCUGGAGAUCAAAUCGAAGGCAAUGGCUUAGACCUCAACACCAUUUUGAGAAAGAAGGCGGCUGCGGCAACGGCUCGCGACAAGUUUCAGAAGAAUGCCGGCGGUAGAGGACCAGGUGUCUGGGGUCCCAGCUCCCGAGGACGGGGGCCCGCAGGCUCCAGAAGUAGCGACAACGCCAGAACGUUUGACCCGGCACAAUUCGGCCUCGAGCGCGAUGAGAAUAUUGUGUGGAUUGAGGAGCCACGCAGGCGCUUCGCAAAGAACCAGCAGGGCAAUGAAAACUUCGCCCAAGUUCAGACCAUAAUUCGCCAGCGAUUGUCACUCCUCGGUCUCGACUACGCAGUAGUCCGUACCGGUCCUCACGAGGACCAAAACUUGCAUGACGAACUGGGAACUGUUCGGAAACAGACCAACGUCAUCACCGGGCGAGUCUCGAAUGAGACUUUGCCAGCAGAUCUUCAUGUCACAUUAUAUGCUGGCAGGAAGAAUGGGAUGAGGGGGGACGAGUUAUAUUUGCAAGGGCACAUAUACUUACAAAAGGUUCUUCGCGGGAACGGGGAGAACAAGGAAGAAUAUGACUACGAGUUUCUUUCUGACCCCUCCAAGAGAAAGUACGUUCUCUGGGGGGAAAGACCUCGUUCCGAGGAGUGGUGGCUCACACCCAACACCUACCCGGCGUCCUCGGGACCCGCGCCAGUACUCGGGCUUGCUGCGGGUACCACGGAAGACCUUGAGAAGGCAACAGCUAGCCUCAAGAUCUGAGAGGCUGGAAGCUCUCUUUUUGCAUUCCGGAGUGGUCUUUUCUUUCCAAAUUGCCUGUUUCCUUCCUUCUUCCCUUCGGCGAUACCCCGGCAUUGUCUUGGCGUGUUCGAUUCGACAGUAUCGAGUUCAAAAAGAAACCGAUGCCCCCGAUGCCCCCAAUUCCCCAAGCACGAACUCUCUUAGCAUCACUGUUUACGGUAUCAUCAGCAUCUCUUUUCUCAGCAUCUGCAGCAUUACCAGGACCAUCAUCACUAUCAUAUCUACCUUUCCAACAUUGCUUAGCGCUCUAUUGUUCUCUGCUUUCUUCCUUUACUCGGCACUACAUUGCGGAAAGCUUCUGCUUCGAACCAGGCGGGCGGUCUCAAAGACGCACUUCAUCAUGGCAUGGAGGGGUUAAUGAUCAAGGGAAUGGGCGCGUGGGGAGACUAUGUCGGAAUAUCCAAGUGGCCUACCAUGCAUAUCUUUAUUAUUGUUCCU